AUGCCAAAAUACUAUUGCGAUUAUUGCGAUACCUAUUUAACACACGAUUCACCAUCUGUACGUAAAACUCAUUGUCAAGGUAGAAAACAUAAAGAAAAUGUACGGGAUUAUUAUCAAAAAUGGAUGGAGGAACAAGCUCAAAAAUUGAUUGAUCAAACAACAGCUGCAUUUAAAUCAGGUAAAAUGCCAACGACACCAUUUCCAAUGCCACCACGUCUUAUCAAUCCAAAUAUGGCACCACCAAGACCAGGCAUGCCAGGUAUGAUUCCACCACCACCGUGGGCAUUUGCUUUACCACCGGGUAUGCGGCCACUAGGCCCACCACCUAAUGCAGCAGCAAUGACAACAUUAAUGACUUUACGACCACCGCCUGGUAUGAUGCCACCGGGUGUACCACCACCUAAUAUGCAAAAUCAAUCCAUGGAACAAUACAGCGAAUUAGCUCGCAGAAAAAAAAUGAGCAUGAAUGAUGAAAUGGUAUUAGUAGUUGAUGAGGAGGAGUCCAUGAUUAAAUAUCUUCGUGACAAGAUAAUUGGCCGUCCAGCAGUUUUCUCUCAUGCCGGCGAUUUACAAAUCGAUGAUCAUCUACCCUGUCUAAAUAAAACUAAUUCACAAAAUGGUUUAAAUGAAACCAUAUUAACAAAUUCAAAUGAUGCAACGAGUCAGGUAGAAAAACUUGCUGCUUCAGGUAAUGUUAUUAGUGCUGGACGUCGAUCACUACCAUCAUCAUCACCGAUUGUUAUUCCAAAAAAACCUCCCCGUUCGAAUGCAUCUUCACAAAGCUCUUCGUCGUAUACAUCAGUUGUUGAUCUAUCGUCUUCAUUAAUCGAAUCAUUUGUAUCAUCGGAUGAUGUACCAAAUCCAUCGCUGCCAACAUUACCAUCGACAUGUCAACAAUUAGAACAUUCCGCUGCACGAGAUCGAAUCUCAGUUAAAAAUAAACGACGACAACCAAUUAAACAAAAAUUAAGUACACUCCGAGAAAUCGAUGAUAAUGAUAAUGAUAUUGAUUUAUUUUCAUUGAAAAACGAAGCUAUAUCAUCAACACCGGAAGAGGAACAAUCAAUUCUUUUAACAACACGUACAGAGCCUAAAAAACCGCAACCACUCAUUGAUCUAUCAGAUUUGGAUACAGCUCGAGCACGUCUUCGUAUAUCAGUACGUUCUCGUGAUCGUUCAGCUGACAAUAUAUUAUUGGCAACGAAUACAAAUACGGAAUCGUCAUCCCCUGCUCAAUCAACCGUUGUACCAGCAUUUGGUACUCCUAUUCAACGAUCGUUAAGUUUUAAACGUGUUCAAGAAAAUCAUGACGAUAAAUUAACAAAUCGAAUAAAUUUAAAUCCGAAAAAAGAAGAUACUCAUGAGAAUGUUAUAUCGACGAAUAAGCCUGUUGAGAAUAAAUCAUCAUUAAUUGAUCUUUCAGUACAAAAUGAGAAUAUUGAUGAACAGAGAAAUUUCAAAAGUGCAAGUCCAGCCGAUUCAAGGUCGCGCUCAUCAUCUCAAGAACAUAUUUAUGAUAAUUUAGAUGUUUUUAAACGUCCAAAACGUAACAUGCAAUCAUCGUCAAAUGAGGAUGAAGUCAAAACAAGAGAACAUCCUCCGUCAACACCACGUUUAAGACCUAUAACAAUGCAUGCAUCAACAAGUACCGAUAAACAAAUGACGAAUGAAUUCGAAAAUGUUUUUAAUCAAUUAAAAAAACGUGGUUCAAUUCGGAAAGUUCGACCGAACGAAGAAACAGUGCCAGAGCCUACCCCACCUGCUCCCAUAGAAGAACUUCAUGCAGCUCCAUGUUCAUUUUUGCAAUCCGACCAUGCACCAUUAAUUCCGAUUGAAACGAUUCCUACACCACCAACACCAAAUCGUCGGAAAACUAUUGUUGGUGUUCAUUUAUCAGCUAAUAAUAAAGUUGCAACCAAUGAUACUAAUAAACCUACACCAUCAUGGAUUGAUAUUGCCAAACAAAAACAAAAUAAAUUCCAAUUAGUCUCGAAUGAAAAGAAUCAUCCUGAUGAAUCCGAUCAACGAUCUCCUCUUCAAUCACCGGUUAUUGUUCGAAAACCGAUAUCUUCUGUUGAUGUUCGAUCAAAUCGAAAAUCAAUGUUUGAACAAUCAGCAACACAAAUGAAUGCACAUGCGAUGGAACGAGAUUCAAUACGAGCAUUGAAAGCCGGCAAUCCAAAUCGCAUAAACAAUCUGAUACAAUUUUUUGACAAAUAA